GUAUUGAUCGGACAUAUCCACAUCGAUGCCGGAAGCUUCUGCUACUUCCAAACCGAUCUUACUUAAAGGAGGUACAGUCGUGAACCAUGACGUAUCUUUCAAAUCAGAUGUUUUGGUUGAGAAUGGUGUUAUUCAGGCUGUUGGUGAAAACCUUAGUUACCCCGACGGCACAGAAAUUAUCGACGUAAAUAAUAAAUUAUUAUUACCUGGUGGAAUUGACUUGGACUGUCACAUUGGUGUCGCAACCCCAAAUGACCCUAUAGCUGAUACUUACUUAUCUGCAGGAAAAACAGCUCUUUUUGGUGGUACGACUACAAUUGUAAACACGGUUAAUGCUUAUCCUGGGGAAUCGUUAAUAAGCGCAUAUGAACAGUUUGUAUCAUCAGCCCAUGAAAACCUAGCAUGCGAUUAUGGUGUAUGCUUGCGAUUGGCUGGCUUUUCAUCAGAAACGAACAAUGAACUAAUUACUUUAGUUCAAGAUAAAGGAGUGGUGUUAUUUUCCGUUCGUGUGGGUUCAAAAUCUUCAUCUAUGGUAAAUAAUGAACAGUGUAUUAUCAAUGAAGAAGAAUUUUGUUCUUUCUUAAACAUUUGCCGACAGCUAGGAGCGUUGCCAAUGCUUGAAGCAGUUACUUCUGUGUCGUUAUCUCAGAAAUUAUCCUCAGAUGUGCAAAUCAAUUUUCCUGAUAUUGGUCCAGAAGUAAAUUUAUUGGUUUCACCGGAAGAAGCUGAAGCAAAUAGUAUAUUGCAAGGAUCUUUGUUUUCACAAUAUGCAGGAUUUCGUUGUCCAGUUUUAAUUUCUAGAAUUCAUAGUAAAGCAGCACUAAAUUGCUUCAUUGAACAGCGCCGUAUGUGUAGAGGCAUAUUAUUUGGACAAACUAGUAUCCCCGCAAUAGCUGUUCCUCUUUCUUUGAUGAACGGUGAUGAUCAUUCGAACGACGUGUUAACCCAUUCAAAGAAUUGGGCUGUUGCUGCUAGUUACAUGUGUGACCCUCCAUUACGACCAGAUACUUAUCUUAGCCAAAGGUUGCUGACUCACCUCGUCUCUGAAGACUUAGUCUGCGUUGGUUCAGGUCAUCGGGCAAUAACCACUGCAGUUCGCGCAGCUUUUGGAUCAAAAAAUGCUGUACAUAUACCUCGUGGUAUAGCAUCUUUGGGUCAUAGGAUGGUUGCCUUAUGGCAUUUUGGGGUUGAAAGUGGAUUUUUGGAUCCUUGUACGUUCGUCAAAGUAACUAGUUCUAAUCCUGCAAGAUUAAUUAAUGUUUAUCCUCAGAAAGGCAGAAUAGAAGUAGGUUCCGAUGCCGAUAUAUUAAUUUGGUCAAACUCCUAUAAGCAAGAGAUUUUGAAAAACAUUUUACCCGAUGACGUGCCUAACCUAUUUUCUAACACCUCUUAUCAGUCGGGCCCUGAAAUGGUUAUAUUACGUGGUCAUAUUGCUGUUAAGAAUAGCGAGUUUUCAAAUAACACUUCCACCUGUGGGAAACUACUCGUUUGUCGACCAUUUUCUCAUUAUGUGUAUGCUCGUGUCGAUGCAGUCGAAAAAAGUGUCAAUUCCGAAUUUGAAAUGCUCCAACGCGAACCAUACGUAGGAAACGCGGUUUCCAAUGCAACUGAAGCUUCAAAUGAUAACAAGGAAGGUUAUUACUUUCGGAAAGAAUAUUAUGAUAAUGUACCCAAAGGUUAGUUAAUUUUUUAUGCUAUGCUUAGUUUGUUUUUGCACACAUCAAAAAGCAGACAAGAAAUUGAGUAUGAACACCGGGAUGCCAGUACAUUUAGCUGAUGAGUCCCAAGCAGGACGGGACGCUCAUCAUGAAUUCUGCUGUUAACCAUAUCCCGUCUUUCCCAUAAAAACAACAAUGUGUCCACUGACUCUUAUGCUAUCAUAAUCCGAAAAUCCACAUUAUCGUAUUCCAACCCCUAAACCUUUUCAAUGUUUUAACUUGGGGAUAAUUAGAGUCAGUAUCAGUAAAGUAACUGAAGUCCAAGUUUAAUAGGUUUAUGGUUAAGCAAAUGCCUGCAUUACUAGAAAAUCCUAGUGUGUAUCACUUGCUAUCGCUAGUUGUCUGCUAACUAUUUCCGUGACAUCUUCGUUAAACCACAAAAUUAUAAUGACUAUCUUAAGUGUAUCACUUUCUUAUAGAACUAUGUAGUUAAAGUGAAAUGAAAACGGUCGAACUGUAUAUUGAAUUACCCGGUUAACAACUUUUAUUGGUGUGCCUUUUGUGUAAAGAUACUACAUUUGUAAUUCAGCGGCUCUAUCAAGUAACAAUAUCUCAAAGAGAUGAACAAACACAGUCGUCAAUAUCUCAUGUUAAGAAUACCGUCGUCAUGUAAACACUGAAAACAUGAAGCCGAUGUUGAAUAACUUUUUAUUCACUCUAUACUAACAAAUUAUUUGUAGCUCACAUCGCUUGUUUUAAAUAUUUUUUUAAAAUACUUUUAGUGGCCUUGCCACCUGGUCAGAGAAAAAUACACACGUCAGUUAAAACGGCUCAACCUCCCGGUGGUUCAUCGAAUGCGUUUUGGUCAAACGAAUAAAAAAGAUUUAUUGUCCAUGCUAAUUUCUACAUUUCUGAUUUCUAGCUUUAUAUUUCAGUUCGAGUAAUUCCCAUAAUGCAUUUCAACUAAAUCAACCAAAUUUCUUUAACUAUUUACGUGUCUUAAUUAAUAUUUAUUUGGUUAAAACAACCACUAAUGUUGUGCAAACUGUUUGUUAAGUAACAAUCUAAUAAAUUUAAUUACGAAUUAUCCUUUUAUACAUUUCCAUCGGUUGAUUGUUCCAUAGUUCUAAAAAUGUAAUGGAAAAAGCCUUGUUUUGUAAUCUUCCAAUCACAACGUAUUAACGUAGAAGCCUCCAAAGUUGCACAUUAGUUUAGGUUACUAUUCCAGAGACUGAUGAAAAUGCUUUUUGUAAUGUCCGACCACUUUUUUCUGGAUUACAACAUCACCUACCACUGUAUUUCCAUGUCAAUCACGAAUUGAUGUUUUUCUUUGUUUGAAUUAACCUGAGAUUAAUUCCAUCUUAUUUUUACUAACAUCAAGAUAGUACUAGGUCCUUCAGUCUGUCA